AUGGCGAGAGCCAAGCUGAAGAAUUCCCCUUCAGAGAGCAAUUCCCAUGUAAAAACUGUCCCACCAGCGAAGACAGAAGAUGUCCAUGGGGUGAGCCCCUUGUUACCGGCUCGGAGGAUGGGAUCCAUGGGGAGUGAUGUCGGACAAAGGCCUCACGCCGAGGACUUCAGCGUGGAUUCCUCCUUCUCACAGGUGCAGGUCGAGUUCUACGUGAAUGAAAACACCUUCAAGGAGCGGCUGAAGCUCUUCUUCAUCAAAAACCAGCGAUCGAGCCUGAGGAUCCGUCUCUUCAACUUCUCGCUGAAGCUGCUCACCUGCCUCCUGUACAUCGUCCGCGUCCUGCUCGACAACCCGGAGGAGGGCAUAGGCUGCUGGGAAUGCGAAAAGCAGAAUUACACGACGUUCAACCAGUCCACGAAGAUAAACUGGUCACACAUCUUCUGGGUGGAUAGAAAAAUGCCGCUGUGGGCUGUGCAGGUCAGCAUCGCUCUGAUCAGCUUUCUGGAGACCAUGCUGCUCAUCUAUCUCAGCUACAAGGGGAACAUCUGGGAACAGAUUUUUCGCAUUUCGUUCAUCCUUGAGAUGAUCAACACGGUGCCCUUUAUUAUCACGAUAUUCUGGCCUCCUUUGCGGAAUUUGUUCAUCCCCGUGUUUCUGAACUGCUGGCUUGCCAAAUACGCCCUGGAGAACAUGAUUAACGACCUGCACCGAGCCAUACAGAGGACCCAGUCGGCGAUGUUUAAUCAGGUGCUCAUUCUGAUCUGCACCCUCCUGUGUCUCGUUUUCACGGGGACCUGUGGCAUCCAGCAUUUAGAAAGAGCAGGUGAGAAGCUCUCCCUCUUCAAGUCCUUCUAUUUCUGCAUCGUCACCUUUUCCACUGUGGGCUACGGAGACGUGACACCAAAGAUCUGGCCUUCCCAGCUCCUCGUCGUGAUAAUGAUUUGCGUUGCCCUGGUCGUGCUGCCGCUCCAGUUCGAGGAGCUCGUCUACCUGUGGAUGGAGCGGCAGAAGUCGGGUGGCAACUACAGCCGCCACCGUGCCCAGACGGAGAAACACGUCGUCCUUUGUGUCAGCUCCCUCAAGAUUGAUCUCCUCAUGGACUUCCUCAAUGAGUUCUACGCCCACCCGCGCCUGCAGGAUUACUACGUGGUGAUACUCUGCCCAACAGAGAUGGACAUCCAGGUGCGGCGGGUCCUGCAGAUCCCUCUGUGGUCGCAGCGAGUGAUCUACCUCCAGGGCUCUGCGCUGAAGGACCAGGACCUCAUGAGAGCCAAGAUGGACAACGGAGAAGCCUGCUUCAUUCUCAGCAGCCGAAAUGAGGUGGACCGCACCGCGGCGGACCACCAGACCAUCCUGAGAGCCUGGGCUGUGAAAGAUUUUGCUCCAAACUGUCCUCUCUACGUUCAGAUUCUAAAGCCUGAAAACAAGUUUCACGUGAAGUUUGCCGGUGAGUCGGAGGGGCUGCGCGGCAGCGGGCAGCACCGCUUGCUUCUCUGGGAGGGCCAGGAGUCCCCGGAGCAGUGGCAACGGAUGUACGGGCGCUGCUCGGGCAACGAGGUCUACCACAUCCGCAUGGGCGACAGCAAGUUCUUCAUGGAGUACGAAGGGAAGAGCUUCACCUACGCCGCCUUCCACGCGCACAAGAAGUACGGCGUCUGCCUGAUCGGCAUCCGGAGGGAGGAGAACAGAGCAUCCUGUUUCGGCCCGCGGCACAUCAUGGCAGCGUCCGACACCUGCUUCUACAUCAACAUCACCAAGGAGGAGAACUCUGCCUUCAUCUUCAAGCAGGAGGAGAAGCAGAAGAAGAAGGGCUUUGUGGGGAGAGGCACCUACGACGGCCCGUCCCGCCUGCCUGUGCACAGCAUCAUCGCCAGCAUGGGUACAGUAGCCAUGGACCUGCAAAACACGGAGUGCCGCCCCGCUAACAGCAGCAAGCUGACGCUGCCGGCGGAGAACGGCUCGGGCAACCGCCGGCCCAGCAUCGCGCCCGUCCUCGAGCUGGCCGACACCUCCUCCCUGCUGCCCUGCGACCUGCUCAGCGACCAGUCGGAAGACGAGAUGACGCAGUCGGACGAGGAGGGGUCGGCGGUUGUGGAGUACGUGAAGGGCUACCCACCGAACUCCCCCUACAUUGGGAGCUCCCCAACUCUGUGCCACCUUUUACCCGAGAAAGCCCCUUUCUGCUGCCUGAGGCUGGACAAGGGCUGCAAGCACAACAGCUUUGAAGAUGCCAAAGCCUACGGGUUUAAGAACAAACUGAUUAUUGUUUCGGCGGAGACGGCCGGGAACGGGCUGUAUAACUUCAUUGUCCCCCUUCGUGCGUACUAUCGGUCCCGCAAAGAGUUGAACCCGAUCGUGUUGCUGCUGGACAACAAGCCCGAGCACCACUUUCUGGAAGCCAUCUGUUGUUUCCCCAUGGUUUACUACAUGGAGGGCACGAUCGACAACCUGGAUAGCUUGCUGCAGUGCGGCAUCAUCUACGCCGACAACCUGGUGGUUGUGGACAAGGAGAGCACUAUGAGCGCCGAGGAGGACUACAUGGCAGAUGCAAAGACGAUUGUCAAUGUCCAGACCAUGUUCAGGCUCUUCCCCAGCCUCAGCAUUAUCACAGAGCUGACCCACCCCUCCAACAUGAGGUUCAUGCAGUUCAGAGCAAAGGACAGUUACUCUCUUGCCCUUUCCAAGCUAGAAAAGAAAGAGCGAGAGAACGGCUCCAACCUGGCCUUCAUGUUCCGGCUGCCCUUCGCGGCCGGGAGGGUCUUCAGCAUCAGCAUGCUGGACACGCUGCUCUACCAGUCGUUCGUGAAGGACUACAUGAUCACCAUCACUCGGUUGCUGCUGGGCCUCGACACCACGCCGGGCUCCGGCUACCUCUGUGCGAUGAAGAUCACCGAAGAUGACCUGUGGAUCCGGACAUAUGGCCGCCUCUUCCAGAAGCUCUGCUCCUCCAGUGCGGAGAUUCCCAUUGGGAUUUACAGGACGGAGUCGCACAUGUUCGCAACCUCCGAGGUAGGAGCGCGGCAGUGGCGUUCACAGAUCUCAAUUAAUGUCGAGGACUGCGAGGACACAAAGGACGUCAAGGAGCACUGGGGCAUCAAGACCGGCCACCACAGGAACUCGUGCUCCAGCGACCAGUCCGAGCACCCUCUGCUGCGGCGCAAGAGCAUGCAGUGGGCACGGCGGCUGAGCAGGGAGGCCUUGUCCUCCGUCCUGAUCAAUCCCCCCCCGGACACGCGGCUGGAGCUCAACGACAUCGUGUACCUGAUCCGCUCCGACCCGCUGGCCCAUGUGGCCAACGAUGGCCACAGCCGCCAGAGCAGCUGCAGCAACAAGCUGGGCCCCUGCAACCCUGAAACACGCGAUGAGACCCAGCUGUGA